AUGGCGGCGCCUCCUACCACCCAGCAGUUACAGCAAUGGUUUUCAUCCAUAGACACAGACAGGACGGGCACAAUCACGGCGGCGGAGCUGCAGCGCGCUAUGGGACUUGGCGGGCUGCAGUUCAGCCUCAUGGCCUGCGCACAGAUGGUCAGGCUGCACGACCGCGAUGGGAAUGGCAACAUCAGCUUCCCGGAGUUCUCCAGCCUGCACAUGCAGCUGACGGAGAUCAGGACGGCCUUCUCCGCCGCGGCGCAAGGCGGCGACAGCAUCAGCGGCGAGCAGGUGGCACAGCUGGUGGCGCAGCAAGGUUAUCGCAUCGAACCUCCAGCUCUGCAGGCGCUCUCCAAGUCGUUUGACCCAGACCGCAACGGCCGGUUCGGGCUGCCCGAGUACACGAUGCUGUCGCUCUUUUUGAUGUCUGCCAAGCAGAUCUUUGGCGCCUUCGACCCGCAGGCAAGCAGGCCCGCUGCUGGGACUCACGGUGCUGGUGGUCACUCGGGCCGCGUCAGCCUCGACUUUAGCCAGUUUGUGUAUGCAUCGGCCCAGACGCGCUGA